AUGGCGAAGAACCUCGACUCUCUGAUCGAAUUCCUGGUUGGUGAAAUCGCAGCACAAUUCCAAGGAUUGACGAUUAAUGAACUUGCGAAAUCGAUCUCUGCUUUCUAUGCGGAUCCUGCGGAAGAGCUUGGAUCGGGUUCGGCUUCGGACUCAACGAGCACAAACCGACACGUCACCGUCGACCGAUCCCUGCUCUCGAAAGUCUGGUUAUGGCUAGGACGACAUCCCGACAUAUCUCUUGGGGACAAUGGGUGCUACAACAAGAGUCCCUUGGCUCAGGUCGAGUCAGAGUUUCCCGGAUAUAUCGAUCACAGUGCUAUAGGCAGCGAGCCUCCAGAUGAGGGUGAGCCCACUCCAAGAGAUUCACGCCAUGUCAGCGCCGCAAUUGAGGAGCAACCGAAGAUCCGGAGACCACGUGUUACUGAAGGACCACGGAUCCGUCUCAAGGAAGAACGACUCUACCAGGCAAUAUGUGGGCAUCCCCCAGAUCCCAGAAGAGUUGCGCCUCUGGAGUUCGAGCUGCUGAAGUACAUCACGGCGACAAGAUCCGAUGGGAUCCUUCAGGGAGAACUUAUCCGAUCAUCUGGACAGGACAAGCGCUCCGUACCCAAGCGAACUGAUGCGUUGCAUAGCAAGGGCUACAUCAUCAAGGAAGCCGUCUUCCUCAGAGGCAAUCGGACCAGUCGUUUGACACUGAAGAAGUUUGCGAAAUCUGCUACAGUGGAUGCCGACACAUCCCAACGCCCGGGAACCAUGUUGCGGCACGUUGUCCGAAGAAUCUUCGACAUACUGACGAGUCAGACUCUUCUACCUCAAAGCAGGCUGGCAGAGGAAUUAAAUCUCAAGUCCCCAGCCAAGUCGGCUGUGCUUCAGAGAAUCGUACGGCGGCUCGAGAGGCUUAAAUUGGUCAAGCGGGUGCGAACAGCAGUCGGCCCGUCUGCGACCUCGGGUGACUUGCAGCAGUUUGUGCAGCUUCUGCGUCUUGCUGGGCCCGAGGAUUUAGAGAAUUUCAACAAUGAGCAAUUGUCAUUGGAUCAGACGCUCGAAGAGUUGACUACUGGUGCAGACUCAGAAUGUCUUCCUAACGCCGGCCCUGCAGAGUCUCCAGCAGCUGCCGGGGGUGAAGAGUCCUUACAACCGCCGUCUAAAUCGGCAGUAUGGAACCCAGACCGCUUGAUGUCUAACAUACUGGUGGAAGCUGUCCAGUCCGCGGGUAGCAAUGGUCUUUCUAAUUUCGAUGCGCGGCAGAUCAUCACAGGCGAUUUUGUGCGCCGGCAGCUGGAAUCCCUCCUCCACCGCGUCUCGUGCGAGUCGUUAGUUGUCCAACCGCCACAUCUUCGACACCUUGCUAUCAUACGUCACGCCGUAACAGAGGACGGUAUCAUAAGAUGGAUACACUACUCAUGGGACGAGUUCAAGCAGCAUGCCGGAGAAACAGGCAUUGACAUCACCGCAAUUCCAGGCGCUAAGCGGGCGUUCAAAUCCCCAGGGCAAGACGAGUCCGACAGCCGUGAGGAUGGUGCGGCUGACCGAGCCUCCGGCCUCGACGAGUUUGGGUUUCCCGUGCAGAACUUGUUGCCGCUCCAGGUCAGGGGAGGUGAGACCACCUUUUCGAGCCUUGUGCUAGCGACCGCCGCUGGAGACGUCGCAGCACGAAGAGGAGAGUUGGUCGUCGCUAAGAGGGGAGCACAGCUUGCCUUAGACAUGCGCGAUGAACUGCCGGCCUUGCCUCACACCUCGGAUCGACGAUCUCGUCGAGGAGCAAAGUCUCAAGCACCUCCAAAUCCUCGACAAACGCCCAAUCGGAAGACAUUUACCAAUGAGAACGCUGAAGUCCCGCUCGGCCGUCCUCGCAAGUACAUGCGAGGUACGGAAAAAUUCUGGCGUAUGCAAUUCAAGCAAGCUAGACUCGAUGCCGGCCACGACGAGAAAACCGUAAAGAAGGGAAACAUGAGAGAUCCAGUUGCCAAAGCAUUGUACGCCGCUCGUCCUGCGGACUUUGAUCAGACAUUGGUUAAGGCUUUGGACGCCAAAUUGCCGGUCCCUCUCGGUGCAGAUGAGAUAGGCGAGGACUGGAUAACUUCCACAAGAGCCAUCCUAAAUCGCUCGAUGGAAGGCGUCUAUAUGUCUCCGGCCGGCUUACGUUGGGACAAUUUUGGAAAACGUUCACGUGUUAUGAUUGUCAGAACACCACGCCUGGCCUCUCUUGCGCUUGUUGACAGAAGCGAGGUUCAUCUGUGGCAACGUUGGCCCUCCAGCGCAUCACACAGCUUCGUGUACCGGCCAUAUCACCCUAAAAAGUCAGUCAAGGCACGUCGCCCCUCACGCCCACCAAUCAAAGCGAAGCAUGACAUAGAGGCGACACCUGGCGAAACAACUGAGCAGAAGACGUCAGGGCCAAGGUUGGGUGUAUUCCAUGAGAAACCAACGGCGGCAGCAAGGCUUCCCUUUGGUAUCGUAAACCCUAUCCACCACGAUGCUCAAGUCGACUUAAUAGAGAUCUCAACUGGCGCAGAGCAAGGCCUUCUACAAGAGAACCAUAACGCUGCAGAAAGGGCUCUCUCGCCUGUCACUGUGAUUGAGACCGUCUCAAGCGAACAUAGACAGAUCAGCCCGGGUCACAAUGAAAGCGUACCCGACAAGAACAGCACUCCGGAGGUGUCAAUCGCGCCGAAAGCCAGAAGCAUACAAAUAUCCCCUGUUAGAUCAUCCCGGAAGCGCAAACUAACAGAAAAAGCAGGUCAGAUGCUGGAGAGCGGGCAAACCAGGAGUAUGCGCCAGUCCUCCAAGACAAGAGCAAUGCCUUCCGAAGGCUCUACUGUUGUGCAGGUUGUCGAUAGAAUUGAUGUCACUGACCACGACCCUGGACCGUGGACCGGCAUCGUGGCAGCUGCUGCUUCACCAAGUCCUUCUUUGACAGCGGAACUCCCUGAAGAGCCCGCAGAAGUGCAGGGCUACACCACUGCCUCCGGGAGUAGGGCUCGCUCGGCGACUCCCACCAAGAUAUCUACGCCAAGAACGGGGAAGAACACAAAUGAACCCGGCACAGUUGAGGUGUCACAGAUACCAGCGAAGCAAAAACGCAACAGUGGGGCCCUUGGUUUGUGUCGCAGCAUCGUACUGGAGCUCGUUAAGAUGACAGCUGGAGCUGUACCGAAUGAUCAUAUCACCCUGAGGCGUAUCUCUGUCGCCCGGUGGCAGGAGGCUGGCGAGGAGGACCGACCUUUGCUUAAAACCAUCAAGGCGGCGAUCAAGUCACUUUGCGAGUUGGGCAAAUUGAAAUCGGUGACAUUCAACUAUCGGGGCAACUCCACCACCAUGGUCAAAGGUUCAGUCCUUUUCUUGCCGAGCAUUCACCCCGAGUCUCAGUUAGUUGAAGGUGUCAAGCAGUCAAUCAAAGACGCCCAUCCUGUUGAUUACAUCCCCUCGGAAUGGAUUGCGGAGGGUUGCCGCCCACCUCUUUUCAACAAGAAUGCCUCAAGUAGAGGCCGAGAACUCGACGAUGAGAUACAAACGCCCACAGCAAGGAGAUUUCGGACACCUUCGAUCGACACCGAGGAGAGGACCGAAGAGAGGCCAUCCAAGCGACACCGAAGAGCUUCAUCUGUCGCAACGAAUCCAACAUUGGUUUCUGUGGUUGAGGCACUCACUGGGAAUCAACCAAAGCCACCACUUGAACCGACGCCAGCGACUGCUGCGACAGGCUUCAUUACACUGAAAAUCCCAUCUCUUGUUUCGCACCCCGCUUAUCAGCUCCAUAUCUGGCGAACGACUUGCCCCGUCAUCGCUUUGCUGUCCGACGUCUCGUCUUGGAACCCCUGGAGGUCGAAGAGUGUGCAAGUAAAGACACGUCGGAAGAAGACAGGGAGAAGAGGAUCCCAGUUGCCCGGCAAAUUUCUUCUCUGGAGGAACUUCCCUUCCUCAUUGGAUGACAUUCUGCAGCUUCCCGGUCUGGAACUAGACUAUGCCCAGUUUGUGUCAGAAGGUCUGGGUCGAAAUUGGGAACGCUUUGCAUGUGAGGUGGAGGGUGUCCGUGCUUGGGAAGAACAAGAAUCAGAGUCUGCGGCUGCGACGAGGUCUAAAUACGGCUUCAUCAACCACAUCAUCCCGAAAGCGCUCUACACUGAGGCCGAGCUCCCCGCGAGGGCGGAGUUUGAAGCCCUUGUCCACUUCGACCAGGAUGGCAUGGAAUUGCGAAGUGCAUAUCCGCCUGCUGAAUCAUGGCCUCCAUUCGUGGAUGCCUUGCGUGCUUCGCCUGAGGCAGCUUCUCAGAUUGCUGGAAUCGAUGCUUUGAUGCUGCAAACAAUGCCACCUCCACCGCCUCCCAACGCUACCCAACCCCUUCGUGGUCCUCGACGCACCAGUCGAGUCCCCAAACGGAAGAUGACUGAGGACAAUGACUUCCUCGCCUCCGAACUGGAUGCUGCGCUAGAACCUGCACUAAAGCGACGCAGGGAAGCGCCCGAGGCUUCGAGAAAGACAUCCACCGCCAACGCCCUGAAGCGCAGGGCUCUCUCGGGCCUUGCCUCUGCACCUCGACGCCUCACUCGAGGCGAGAGAUGGACUCAGGACAUGGCAGAAGACCGGAUCCAACGGAUCAUCGUGUCUGUUGUCGUCGUCCGUGCACUCGCUGGCGGAGUUGAAGGCUCCAUCGACUGGUCGGUUGUUAUGACGCUGUUUCCAAAAAGCAAAGAAGUUUUCAUCAGGUCCAGCUGGGAAACGCUGUCAAGCAGGCGCAGCACAAACAUCCAGGCUCUUUCUGAAGAAUUCCAGUGCAAAUAUAUUGAAGGCUUGGAGUCUGGCAAGGCUCCGUCCGUCAAUCUCGAGCAACUCGAUGCCACAGACUGGUCCGCUAUCGUCGAAUGGGGCCUUGGGAACCUGGACUACUCCGGCGUGAAGCACCUUGCAGAGUUCACUGAAAUAGAACUUCCUGACACGCGUGAUGAUUUCUUGGACGAUUAUGGUCUAACUUUCGAUGAACCCAAGCAGUACUACGGUUUUGCAUCACACCCCUCAGCCCUACCUAAAGAUGGAAACACAAGAUCCUUGGUCUUUGGCGUAGACUACACGUCUUCUACCAAGCCAACUUUCCUCCACUAUCAUCCGCAUUGCGAAAAGCAGCUAGGCAACAACCCGGACCUCCACCUAGCAAAAAGCUGGGUCCUGUCUGCAGUCCUUUGCCCCUCCUCAACGUUCAACGCCUCCCUCGCACACGCUAAGCUAUCGACAUUGUCCUCCACUCCUAUGGACUGCGAACGUCGUCUCGGCCAGGCGUUGAAACUCCUUGAGGAUGCGAAAUUUGUCCAGCGAGUACCACAGAGACGUCAAGUCAGUUCGCCUGACCCAAGCGGCAUGCGUGCCUGGGAAGCUCAUCCCGGAUUUCUCGGCCGCUUUGAGGCGCUCGGGCUGGUUUCGCCAGAGACGCUCCGAGGAGCAAUCCAGUUCAAGCGCGAGAUUCUGGACAGGGCCUUCGGAGUGGGGGACGUGGUUAUGCCGGAGAAACAUGAGGAUCUCCCGGCCGCGGAGAUGUUCGCGGUGCUGAAUCUCAUGGCACAGGGCCAAAUAACAGCAAGGCCAGGCCCGGAUGUGCCCUGUACAAGGUAUGGCCUCGAUCAUGAGAGGGUGGGUUAUCGGACAAGGGAUAUGGACAAGCAAGCCUUGGGAUUUGGAGUUGAACUUCGCCCUGCAAAGGGAUAUGUCCUUGGUGAUCCAUUGGUUGACGCGAGGGGAAUCCCCAUCCCCACAGGUGAGGCUGACGGGGAGAGAAGACCAAUCCCACCUUGGGUGGAUAUCCAUGGAAAUGUGAAUAUGCGGCUGUGGGAGAUUUUCCUGGCAGGGGUGAUGGGCUUGGUUGCCCAGAUGCCUGGAAUUUCGGCAAGGGAUGCAUCCAGGGCUUUCGGGAACGCACUGGGGAUGGGGGAAGUGGAGAUGAUCCUUGCUUGGGCUGAACAGGGUGGGUUUGUCAAGGUGGAUGAGAAGACCCGGGGAUAUCAGACAGCAGGGUGGUGGUGGUUGUGCAUUGACAAGGCCGGACCGGCGGCGGAGUAA